UAUUUUGUAACUUGUUGAAUGAAUUUUCAUUAAAUCAUAUUGGAGAAUUUGUAUAGAUAUUUUUCAGUAGAAAUGGAUAAACUUCGUCGAAGUUUUCGGUCUAGCUUUAGACGGAAACAAUCAUACGAAGACGAUGUGGAUCCAAGGACAAGUUGGGCCCUUGAUGAAGCUGCGGUGAAAACAAACACUUGUAGUUUUGAAGUUAAAUACUUGGGAUACGUAGAGGUUUAUGAGUCCCGAGGAAUGCAGGUGUGUGAGGAAGCCUUGAAACUGUUAAAAACUACUAAACGGAAACCUAUCAGAGGUAUAUUACAUGUUAGUGGGGACGGAUUGAGAGUAUCGGAUCCAGAAACUAAAUGUUUGGUCCUAGAUCAAACUAUAGAAAAGGUUUCCUUCUGUGCUCCUGAUCGAUACUAUGAGAAAGGGUUUAGUUAUAUUUGUCGAGAUGGAACUACUAAAAGAUGGAUGUGCCAUGGGUUCCUGUCCGUGGGGGAUAGUGGAGAGAGGAUUAGUCACGCGGUCGGUUGUGCCUUUGCCAUCUGCCUUGAGAAGAAACAACAGAGGGAGAAGGAUCCAGUGGCGUUUCAUUACAAUAAGAAGGAUAAUACGUUCGUCAGGUUUGGAUCUUUCCAGCAAGGAUCGAUAAAAGAUCGGCUCCAGGAUCCCCAGGUGUUUAAACCUGGUGCUCCAGCUCCUCCUGCUCCUGUCGAACCUCCAGCUAACCCCCACGCUGUAGCUCGACCUAAGGCCUCUAACCUGAUGUACCUGCGCCAGGCGUCAAUGCGUGGUUUGGGUCAACUUGCCGGGGUCACACCGUUUAAGCGUCAAAGUUCUCUAAGGUUGGAGCAGCUGCCCUCAACGCUUAUCAGACAACAGAACUAUACUGUAUCUGAGACCCAGAACCAGUAUCAGAACCAGAGCCUGGAACAGUCUACUGUAGUCACCAGACCAAACAGCGCUGUUACUGCAGAACGACGAUCUCAGAUAUUCUCUCUACCCCCUGGAAUCCCUCUCUCUUGUUUACCAAUUCAGGAGGACCCUAAUCAUGAAGAUCCAUUCUUUACAAGUCAACCUGGGACCGGUCCUGUCUCCCUGCCUGUCAACCUCAUGGAGCAACUAAACCUCCAGCCUUCUCUACUCACAGAACCUCUACACUGUCCUCCAAACCUUCCUUCUCCAAUCCUGACUCCCAUACCGGCCUCCGGUAAACCUUCAGCCUCAGGUUUUCCUAAAGGAUCCUCUACUAGUCCUAGUCUGUUUAAUAAAUCUGGAGGAACUCUAGCGGAUGAAACUCUGAGUCCGAAUAUCACAAAUAAUUCAGAUUCCAAUCAUUCAACCCCCUGCCUGGUAUCCGGAGGUCCUAGUCCUAUCCUCAAACAGCCUCUGUAUCCUGGUGAACUGUCCUCUAACAACUCCACGACCUCUAGAACCUCUCUGGCUGAGUUUGAAAGUAGCUUUUCUCCUACCUUCAGGUUGGGUCGGAUUCCUCUGGAUACUCUUCAAACCCUGGAAGAGAAAUCCCCUGAUGGAUUUAACCCCUGGGAUAAUGUUCCGGAUCAACCAAUUCUCAGAGCUAGUAGUAGUUCCUCCAGUAGAAGUCCGAGACCCAACUCACAAAUAGAAUCUGAAACAUCCUGGACUGAUAAAAGAGCAUCAAAACAUAUAGAGAGAGGAUCCUACAGCCUGAACUAUCAACCCCUGGACCUGGAGCAGAGAAUCCUCCAGGAUCCGUUCGACUCCAACUGGGCGGAGAUGGCACUCAAACCCAACCCGGAUAAGAACCCGUUCCGGGACUCCGGGUUUACAGAUACACCCUUCAAAUCAUUCGAGCUGAGAAUGUAGUCUGAGAGAAAACUUGAGGUUCUACAGUGGGGUCCAGAAAACUGUAGAAUAGGAAAACGACAUUUAAUCAAUUUCUAUGUUGUAUUUGCUAAAAAAGCAAAUAGUUUUUGCAGGAUGUUGAAAACCAAUUCAUUUAGUAAUUGGGUCUGUGAACAUGGCACAAUUUGUUUGUUUCAGGUUCAUUUAACUAUUUAAAAUCUUCCUUUUUCUCAGUUUUUUGGGUCUCACUGCAUCAGAUAUCAAUGCUAAGUGAAUUGACCACACCAAUCUGCUUAUCAACCAAAUAUGUUGUGAUACUAUGUUAUGGACUGUUGUAAAUCUAGUAAAUGAAACUUUUCCACAUCUCUAUGUUAUACCCUUUAUUAUUUGUAUAGCUCUAGAAAAACAUAUUCCAUCCCUUUCCCCCAUAUAUCUAUUCCUAUCUAUAGCUGGCACACAUUACCCCACCUAUCUUAAACUGUCAAAAUCUAACCAAUAUUGGGAAGAAGGUUUACAGUCCUUGUAAUUAAAUACAUGUUCCUAAAAUUAGUAAUGUCAAUAAAAACCUUGGUUUAGAUAAUUAACUAUUGAGGCCUACUCAACUGGUUCAUGCAUAAAUAUUGAAGAAAAAUAAUAUAUUUAGUAAAAUAAUAGAAAUAAAGAUGAAAAUAGGACCUUAAUACUUUAUUAGAAUCUCGAGCUUGUUUAGCUAGUCGCAAAAUAUAAUUAUGUAAAAGGAAAAUUUGUUCAAUAUGUAAAAUCUGUUAUCAAAAAACAUGUAAAUUGUAUAUUUUGUAAUCGAAAAGGUUGUUAAAUUCAGAUACAAUUAUAUUUUUGUUCAAUGUAAAUUGUAAACCCCCAGUAUUUGUUUGCGCUGGAAUACGUUGACGCACAAGAUGUAUUUUUGCACAAUAUUGCAGAA